AGCCCCCAGCCCCAGUUUCCCUUCUGGGAGCGCCCGGGGCCAUAAUUUCCCCCCUCCUUUCUGCUAGACGCCUCAGGCCGCAGUUUUCAGCUGCCCUGUGGGAGACGCCCCUGCCGCAGGUCCGCCCUCGUCCUGCCCUGCGCGCCUAGGCUGCAACCGCACGCCGCCCUCUCCGGGGCCGGGCCCGGGAGCUCCCCGGGCGGCCGGCUGAGUGACGGGCGGCCGGUGAUUAUGCGGAAGGGGGAGCGGGGUGCGCCGCGGGCGGCAGCGCUGACCCUUCACAUUUCCGAUCCGCCGGGACCCUCAUCCAUCCGAAGCUGCUCUUUGUCUGGCCGCCUAAUUGCCGGCGGACAGGAUGGAUGGCGGGACCGACAGCCGCGGAAUCCCUAAUAAAGGCCGCGGCCGCGAGGGAGGGAGUGCAGGAGGGAGGGGGAGCAAGAGGGAAGGAAUGGAAGGAGAUGGGAGGAAGCACCCGGCCGCGGUCUCCGGCUCCGAGGCGCUGCGCGUCGCGCUCACUGAAGCCCAGCUCGCACGAGGUGCUAGUUCGGGGUCGAUCCGGGUCGGGGUGUGGUGGAUUGGGGUUCGUUAAGUCUCCCGUUCGUCAGAGAAAAGUUGAGGAUCCCAAGCAGAAAGAGCAUCCUAGGGCCUUCCCUGCUUAGCUAAGCCCUUGAGAUUUGGAGCUUGGCACUACCUCCUGGGCUCUGAGCUCUCAGCAGCCCGGGCCCCUACCUCGGCUUUCCGCACCCCACCUGCCUCCUUUCACCUGUCGCACCCCACCUGCCUCCUUUCACCUGUCGGUCUCCCGGAGCUGGAGUCAAUAUCCCAGGGGAGAAAUGAGGGGUCUGACAGCUCUCUGUGCAGCCGAUCCUCACUUUUCAUUAACUGGAGGCUGGAGCUGGCAAGCCGGUAGAGGCAGAGGCGGGUGCAAAGGGAGGUGGAGGAGGCAAGGGCUAGGAGCAACACCUGGCCAAGGAUGGAGGGCUGCCGAAGUAAAUCAGCAACAGUUCUGGACUGACAGAUACCCUGGAAGCAGUCUUUACACACUCUCUGGGUAGCCAGGAGCUUCUCUUCAGCCCUGUGGGCCCUGGUGCGACACUUUUUGAACUCAAGUUUGCAUUGAGCUUCAGUGCCAGAGGCACUGGCUGCUGAGUGGGAGCCUUGCGCCUGGCCCUGCACUCACUCUCUGCCUGAUGGCAGAGGCAAGCAGGUAGUCUCUGCACAGAGGCAAACCAAGAACCAUUUCUUGGGCUGGGACAGUUUUUCCAGCCACAGUGGGAGAACAGUUCAGUCUUCCCGUUUGUCCCUUAAGCAAAUUUUCCUUGAUUUGCUUCGUUUUCCUUUUCCUCCCUUUUCUCUGCCCCCUCUUCCACCAUCCUUCAGUUUUCUGAAACUAACUUUGGCCAUCCUUUAGCCAACAGUUGAUCACCUGUUGAGUGUCAGGCUUGACAGUGACAGGGUGGGGGCUGGAGGAUACACGGAGCCAACACCCGACCCUGUUGGCCUCACAGACAGAAAUCUGGAAGUUAUUCAAAUCUCACUGCCCACUCCUGGCUCGCCUCUCUCACCCUUCCACUGCUUUGGAUGCCAUUUGUCUCCUCUUGGGAACUGAGAAGGAAGCCAGGAGGUCAUAACUCCAAUUCCAGGACUAUCCCUUACAGGGUGAUAAUGGACAAGCCAUUUCCCCUUACUGGGCCCAUUGCUUUACCUGUAAAAUGGGGACAAUAUAUCUACCUCUAAGGGGUGCUGUGAGGAUGCAAUGAGCAGUUGCAUGUUAAAACCCUAAAAUACAAUACACACUCAAUAAUGUUGUUUCCUUUUCCACGCAGACCCUGGUCCCUCAUGUGGGCAAAGUUCCCUUCUCUUCAUACUAGAGUACUGGUACCAGGCAACCCAGCCUGCUUCCAGAUCUGUGUGAUCUUCAGUGUGAGAGUUGAAAGCCAGAAUGUGAGAAUGAAUAGGGAGAACCACACUGUGACUGGCCCCGAAAGAGAGGAAGGAGAGAGUGCAAGGAAAAAAAAAGUGUUUCCUUAGAUCUUGAUAAAGUGUCAGGCAGAGAGGAGGUUUCUCUUUUCUUACUGAUGAGUAAACUGAAGCUUGUGCAAGUGAUGGAGGCAAAUCACACUGCUGGAGCCUUGCUUCCCAAGGGCCCACUAUAGCUCGCCUCUUCACCCCCUUUCUUCCCUUGAGGGGGUCUGGGUCAGUGACAAGAAGUGUGAUAGAAGGAACAGAAAGGGAGAACUUUCAAGGAGCCAGGACCUUUCCACUAGACUUCAUAAAAUUUUAACAUGAAAACUUCCGCAGAGUAGAAGGCACAUAUUACAUGCAGAUCAUAUGCUAAUCACAUGCUAAUCCAGAGUCUGGUCCUCAGAACCCUGACACACACCUAGCUGUGGCCCUAGGGGGAAUUCUGGGGAGACCCCUGGGUUCCAGGACAGGUGAGGGAGGCAUUCCCUUUAGGGUCAGUUUAUGGAGGUAAAAUUCAUUUUAGGAUUGAAGAGGGGUCAAGUAUAUAAAUAGGGGUUAGGGUCAGGAUUAGUGCAGAGUCAAGGACAGAGUUUAAUGCAGCCUUCUGACUGUGCUAUGUGAAGGCUGACUUCAGCUUUAAAUGGGGGAGACUGGGAAACUGUUAAUGGUUUCCUCCCCUCUCCCCUCCCCCUGCCAGCUCUGCCCCCCACUUCCACUGCCCCUUCUUUGUCCUGCAGCACACCCUUCUCUACCUACUUCCCAUUCCCAACCACACCAGCUCCCUGGGGCCUCCCAGUUUGGCUGCUGGAGGAGUUCUGGGUAAAUUGUCCCAGACUUCAGCCUGGGCCCCAGCAUUCCCUGGAGCCCAGACACUUGGCUUCUGGGCCCAGGUGUGCAGGCUGGCCUCGGCCCCACCCAGGUCCCUUCUUGGCAGAAUGUGACAGCUGCAGGGGAAGCAAUAAGGACCUGGUGAGCUGGCAGCUUCAUUCCAGAGUGUGGUGAAAGAGCAACAGAACAUGAAUAAAUUCAUGGAGCUGGCCCCUCAGCUCCCGGUGAGCCAAGCCGGCUCCCCCCACCACACAGAUCCUCUGCUGCCUGCAGCCCUGCUGGCCACCACAGCUCACAGCCUGGGCUGGGGAUGGGAGGAAAGGGGAAGCUCUAGAGAGAAGAGGACUGGGACCUGAAAGGGGCUGAGGUGAGGGAUUUAAAAAGGGGGCCUUGGUAAAUAGAAUGAGUGGUGAGCCGGGCUGGGCAGAGGGGGCCUCUGGUGAGUGGAGGGAGGGCAAAGGGAAGGAGAGUAGUGGCAGGACGUGAGGUGGAUGGGGCCUGAUGAUCAGGCAGGGGAGGCUGGUGUGAGCCUGGGCCCACUCUCUGAUCCAUCCAUCAUCCAGCCUGGGGGAGCAGAUCCGGAAUUAGACAUGCACAGGGCUGACACGGCCCUCAGCCCCCCGAGGAAGACAAAUGGCGACAAAGACCUUGAAUAAAAUUUGUAUUUAUGGUUGGAGGAGGAGGCCCCUCCCCCACUGACUGCCAAUCCUUUCUCUCCCACUCCAUGCAGACAUCUAGGGGCCUCCCCUGACUCCUAACACAGGCCCAGCCUCAGCAACCUCUCUCUCCCAGCAUCAUUACAAGGUAGGGGUCAGGUGGUGCAAGGAAGGAGUACAGAAAACAAGAGAGGAGGAAAUCACGUUCCAUCCAAUAACCAUGCCCUGGUGUGCCCUGUGCCCUCCAUUUUACACAGUGUAUUCCCAUACAUUGACAGUCCUGGCUUAUCCUGGUCUCUAAGAGGCCUUUGCAGCUGUUCACUUCCAGGGUCUCCAAACGUCCCUACUUUCACCAGUCCCAAAGCCUGUUUUCCUAGCCUCUGGGAUCCCUGGGAGCAAGACAUUUUCCCAGAGGGCCCAGGCCCUAAGAAAGGAUGCAGCCAAUAGCUUUUUCUCUGGACCCUGAUCUAGCAAAGCCUGUGUACCCUCUUGGCCUCUCUGAAAGACAGGUAAGUCCCCUCUUACAGGAGGGUACCUAGCAUAUAAUCUGCAUUUUACUUACAUUAAUUUGCAUGACCAACUUCAACCCCCACUCUAAGUACCCAUUAUGUGGGGUCCAACUUUGCUAGAUUUCAUCUAACAACAAAUUCUUGAGGAAGGAGGAAGGGGCAGAGUCCUGGGACUGUAUAAGUCUGGGACCAGGGGAGGGUGGCGUUCAGUAAGCUGAGCAGGGCAAAUGAGAUGACAGCUGUCUUCUGAAUUCCUUUCUCCCCAGUAGAUUCCCUCAUUCUCAGUCCCAAGGUAGGAAAAGUGGUAUUCGUGGGCUCCAAAUUUAGGGACUAAGAGGAAGGCAAAUACAAAUCCCUCCCUUCAAACAGCCCUCACACAUACAUACACAAAUGACACAAUCCACAAUCGCACUCACGCGGGGACACACAGGGCCAGGAUCCCAUGGCCACCUCCACACUUUGGAGCACACUGUCACAAUACACAGGCCCAGAGCAUAGCACUACUGGCAGAGCUGCCCUGCCCCCGCGUCUUCCCCACAGUUGAUAUGUCACAUUGGAGUCCAAACACGGACCUGGGUGUCUCUCUGCAGCGGGCCAUUUACAUUUCUCUCUCGAUCUGUCAACCUGUCCCAGCUCCGUCUCUUUUCCUCUGUCUCUGUCUCUCCCUCUCCCCCUCUGGGGCUGUCAGUCCGUCUCUUUUCCAAGCUUUGUCUCUGUCUCUGCAUCUCUAUCUGGCUUUCCUUUUCUUUGAUUUCUCUGUCGCUCCUUCUCUGCUUUCUUGUCGGUUUCCUGCUUGCUCCCUAGGGCUGGUCUGUUCUUAUUCUCUCUUGCUCCCUACACACACACACACACACACACACUCUGCUCUGCGCCCCCAAUACUGAGAGAUGGUGGUGGGGGUACCUAGAGAUUUGCCUUUUCCAGUUCAGGCCAACUAGUAUCAGUUGAACCCUUUUCCAUGUUAUUCAGUCACGGGCGCUGAGGGGCGUGGGUGGCGAAUUUCUAUCUUUUCUAGCCCUUCUUAUAUUGUUUUCUGUUUGUGAGGUCACUCCCCCUCAUUUUAGCUAGGGAAUCUACCCCUGUCAUCUCUGCGUGUUUGUGUCUUGACCCCUCUUUAUCCCAUCGCUGUUCUGGGUUUCCUCUGGGCUCUGAAGAUGCCAAACUCCGGGUAAAGGGUGAAAGUAAAGAUAGGAUGGGGGCCGCCAAACCCUGCAGAACCUGCUCAAAGUGGGGAAGGAACCUAGAGACCCGGGGGGAACGUGGGUGGGGGCCGCUGCCUGCCCCGCCCCCGCGCUUCCCACUCUGGGCACCAGGGGUCGCUCUGCCUCCAGUCGCUUAUAGUGGCUCUCGCCUCGCGGCGACUCACACUACCCGCAUCGCCGCCCGGGAGGGAGGGGAGGAAGGUUAGGGACGCGGAGAGGAGAGAGGCACGGGCCAGGGCUCUAGCAGGGGCUGGGACCGCGGCAGGGGUAGCAAGGUGAGUCGGUGCUUGCCUGGAGGCAGAGCGCAAAACCUACGAGGAGAUCGUGCACGGUGGACAGCACCCGCAGCUCAGAGCCUGGGACGUCCGGAGAGCGGGGAGUAGUCCCGGCUCCAGCCAAGAGCGGUUUGUCUGGGCAGCCUGGGACCCAGGCACCGCCAUCCCUGAGAAAGCGGCAGUCUGGAGAGCAGACAUCUCAGAUCUGUAAGAAACCAGUCGUCCGAGAAGCCGCGGAUCUCAGGUGCCCAGGAUCCUUAGGACUGAAUGGGAGGGUACUAGAGGACCAGGGAUUCUGGACCGUCGGGAGCUAUCCCUGACGUAGCCCACGGGGGGGCCUCCCCUCGACUGACGGCUCGGCUCGGGAAGCGGCAACGCAGCGGCGAGGCCGCAGAGGUAGAGUAGGGGGAGCGGGGGCAGCCGUCGGGGGAGUGCAGACCCCUGCCCAAGGCGGGUCACCGCCUCUUGGGCCCGCGGAGAGCCCCGGGCCCCGGCAGCCAUUGCGCCCAAGAGUGAGGAAGAUUUGCUGGCCCUGGCCGCGUCGCGGCUAAGCCGCCGCAAGAGGGUGGCGGGCGCGGCCGUCGGGGUGGCCAUGGUGCUGCUGCUGCUGGUGGCCAUCCCGCUGCUGGUGCACAGCUCCCGCGGGCCAGCGCACUACGAGAUGCUGGGUCGCUGCCGCAUGGUGUGUGACCCGCAUGGGCCCAGAGGCCAGGGCCCCGACGGCGCGCCUGCUUCCGUGCCCCCCUUCCCGCCGGGCGCCAAGGGAGAGGUGGGCAGGCGCGGGAAAGCAGGCCUACGGGGGCCCCCGGGGCCGCCAGGUCCAAGAGGACCGCCGGGAGAGCCAGGCAGGCCAGGACCCCCGGGCCCUCCAGGCCCAGGUCCGGGCGGGGUGGCGCCCCCUGCCGGCUACGUGCCUCGCAUUGCUUUCUACGCGGGCCUGCGGCGGCCCCACGAGGGGUACGAAGUGCUGCGCUUCGACGACGUGGUGACCAACGUGGGCAACGCCUACGAGGCAGCCAGCGGCAAGUUUACUUGCCCCAUGCCAGGCGUCUACUUCUUCGCUUACCACGUGCUCAUGCGCGGCGGCGACGGCACCAGCAUGUGGGCAGACCUGAUGAAGAACGGACAGGUCCGGGCCAGCGCCAUUGCUCAGGACGCGGACCAGAACUAUGACUACGCCAGCAACAGCGUCAUUCUGCACCUGGACGUGGGCGACGAGGUCUUCAUCAAGCUGGACGGCGGGAAGGUUCACGGCGGCAACACCAACAAGUACAGCACCUUCUCCGGCUUCAUCAUCUACCCUGACUGAGCCGGCCCCGCCCAGCGCCCCCCAUCCUGCCUUCGCUCCCGUCCUCACCCACCUCCAGCCCGCCCCACCUGAGGCGCCACCCCGCCCUUUGAGAGUCUGCCAGUGGGGUGGACCCUCUCAUUCCCGGAGGCGGCCUAAAUGGGUGGACUCUUGGUGCUCAAGGGUAUAUGACCAGGAGGAGGAGGAGGAGGAGACCCGGCGGGAGGAGCAGAGCGACUUCCAGAGGGACCACCUGCACCCAAGUGCCCGCUGGACCCCAGAGGGGCAGAGGUCGUGGCUCUCUCUUUUGUACAGAGAUGGGGAGCAGUUUCACUAGCAGGGCAAGAGGCCCAGAAAGCCGAGGGAAGCCCCCGCAGCUUUUGAGUGAAAUAAAAGAAACAGGAGGAGCCCAUUUAGGCAAGAGAAGACAUUAAGACAGGGUAGCCACGUUCUCAGUCCUGAUAACUUUCCCUUACCACCCCCUCCUCCCCUCAUCUCCACUUUCAGGCUCUGGCUCCAGCCUUGGCAGCCUUGGUGAAUUCUCUCCUGGCAUUUAAAACGCAUUCUGUACAGUCCCCUUUCCACCCCUAUCCGGGCUAGGCCCAGGGGCUACAGCUGCUGCUGCCUCUUCCAAUAAAGUGAGGUUGGGGGAUCGUG